GGCAUUUCGGGAAUCUUCCAGUUAGUCUGGGCAUCGCGAAGCGGGAUCACUGAAGGGCCGCUAUGCACUGCUCAAGCUGCUAUGCUCCUCUUUGGAGACAAUGGAACGGCAUUCUGGAACGUGGUCAUCUCCAUUCACACUUUUUGGACCGUCGUUCUCGGCAAAAGGAUGUCCACAGUUGCCGUCGCCUUUCUCAUCGCUACUGGUUGGACACUCUGUGUGAUCCUCACCGUCAUCGGCCCACUUGCCAUUCAAACCCCCGCCAAAGGUCCAUUCUACUCGAUUGCCGGAGCAUGGAGGCAACUCAAUCUUGGGCCCCGUCGGGACGCCCCAGAAGCCCCUGGUGACUUCUUGAACGUGCUUCGUAACAUCGAACUACAAGGAUUCUAG